UGAUCCGUGGCAGCGAAUCCGCCUGCUGAAUUGUCUGGCCUGCUCUACCUGGUUGCUGCUCCUCCGUCUUUCAUCAGGCUGUUCUAUUCUCCACCUCCUGCUUAGAUUCCUCAGUCUUCUUCGUCUGCUGCUGCUCGGCAACGCCACAUCCAUCGAUGGCGGCUUGUCAGUAGGUUCAGCUUAGGAUAAGCACCCUAGGUUGGGCUUAGUUCCUAACGAAGCGAAUUAGAAGUCGGUUUUCGUUACUUGAAGUUUUGUGCUACGUCCGCUGACAGUCCUUCUCUCCUUCCCUUUCCCGCUCGACUCCAUAACCUAAAAACAUAUCUCUGAUCCUUGCUGCUUUCUUUAGGGGUAAUCGAUCCGUUAUCUAGGCACCCAUAGCCCACUAUUCGCCAACAUCCUUAUGGCAAUGGACCUGCCAGCUCAAGCUAGCGACAUGCUCCUCCCGGAGAUGAAAGAAAACGUCAAUCCCAUCCUGUUUUCGUCACCGGUGGUUAAAAGCUCCCCGCUACGAGGGGUUCUCAAGUCCCAGAGCUCCGUCGACAGAACGCAUAAUUUCUCUCCGAGCGGACGUCGGCUUUCCCGAGGUCGGCGCGUCAGCUUCGCAAAGAAUGAAUGCUCCGUUCGCACCAUUUCCCCCAGAAACAACGACCAAGAGAACGAAAAGCCCAAGGAGUCAAUCAUACCCAUGUUGCCGGACGACGGCUUUUUCACGAAUCUUUCGGCAAGCCCUACGACGUUCGGAGAGCAGAUCGAGAACACGAUGCGGUGGGAGGAGCACUCUAUAACGCAAGGCGCACCGGGACUCAUGUUCCUCACAGCAGAGGACGAGCAGCAGCAAUUCCCUGCUCUGCCUGCAGCCGCACUGGCGGAACGCGCCGAUCAACGUCAACCGGCAGACGGUCAGAAACCAGGCGGAAAGCGUCAGUUUUCAGCGGAAGCGGCGAGUCCGACCAGAUGCUCCCCGCGGCUGAAGAAACGGCUCGAAAUGCACGUCCAGGUGCCAUCGUCGCCGAAAUGCCUCUUCGUCAUGUCGCCUCCAGCGUCGCCGACGACUUCCAAGGGCGCGCAGCCUGCGUCGCCAAGGCGAUCGCCGAGGAACCAUGCGAAAACUCGCGCGCUGGAUGGUGCGACAGCGAUCGCUGAGCCGCAGAGGCUGGGGACGGCGGCAGCAGCGUCGCCGGCAGCAGCCUCUCCCGAGCCUGAGGAACGGGCGAAACGGAGGGUGAAGAAUCGAGCCAGGGGGCGGAGUAAAUUCCAGGAGCUGCUUCAGGAGAAUGAUGGGAGUGCCAGUGCCGCUGAGGAUGCGAAGCAGGGCGGCGAUGGGAAGGCUUUCAUGCAGGAACCUGUGGCAGGAGAUAGUGGAGUGGUGGUUCAGGGGGGGGGGGUAGAGCAAGCCGCUCCUACCGGCAACGUCCCUGAUGCCAGUGCGAGUGCGGGGAAUGGGGUUUCACAGGCACCCGACCCCGCUAGUGCCAGCGAGCAGCAGAAGGAGAACCCGCUUGGUCCAGCACUGCCAGCCGUGACGCCUGACAGAGCUGCGGGCGAGCAGGCCGCUGCAGCGCCCAACGGAGAGACGCCAGAGGAGGAUGUUAUGCGUUCCGGCGUGCUCUCGUCGUUCCUCAGCCCGGGGCUCGACGACGUCAGCAGCAUGGGGCUCGGAUUCUCGCUCACUCCAGUCGACAAGACCCGGCCCACAGUGUCUGAAGCCGGACGCGCAGCAGCCACAGCAGCACUGGCGGAGGCUCAAGCAGCAGCUGUUGCAGCGAGCGAUGCUAUCGCUGCGGCGCCUGUGCUGCUCAACUCGUUUCUGAGCCCCGGUGUGUUGGGGAGCGAUGACGCGGAUCUCGAUGGGCUGCUCGAGACGCCAGACGACGACGACUUUGGCUGUAAUAGGAGCCAAGUAGGAGCUGCAGGCGGUCUUGGCCACGCGCUACUGGACUCGGAGAAGGCUGAUGCCAACGCGGCAGCUUUUGCCGCUGGUAAGGGAGGCCCCAGGCAGAGCGUUGGUGAGGCAGUAGCAGUGGAGCCGUUUCCGCGCGUUCAGCUGGUUCCGCUUCAUGCGGGCGCGGAGGAGUGCGCGCCGUUGUGUCUGGAAAGCGCGCUGAACGCCGCGCUGCCGCCACUAACGGCGGACGAUCCGGCCGCCAUGGCGCAGCUCGCCGACUCCGGCGCUUUUGGCUCCCCGCAGGACCGCAUUGAGAAAGACGGGGAUGGUGGGAGCAAUGCUGGAGAGGGAGGAGGUGCAGGUGAGGGGUGUGACGGGUACGGGAACGAGAGAGCGCACGGACGGCGGGAGAGCACUGGCACGAGCCCGGAGGCGAUCGUUGGAAGAGAGGAGGUCGGUGGAGAGAAGAAGGGUAUGCUUGGAAGGGAGUUGAUGGGGAGAGCUGAGAUGGCGGUGGAGGGAGAGGCAGCGACGGAGUACUCCACGGUAGGCCGAUUCCCGCAGCUGACUGCCGGCCCCUCCGUGGUGGCGACCGCGGGCAUGGGUGGCUUGGGUGCUUUCGAGGCCGGGAGAGGCGCGGGGGAGAUGGUGACUCCGCUGAAGCAGAGCGGGGGGGGCAAGGAGGGCGGAGAUGGUGUGCGCGGGGCGGAGGAGUCGGGGGACGGUGACUCGCCUAUCAUGGGCGUGGUGUCCGCCAGCAAGGAUGGCGCAGGGGGCAGCGCCAGGCGGGGCGGAGAGCGUGAGCGGGAUGCGGAGGACGCAGAGGAGCGGAGUAUGGGGCUUGUGACGUGGAGCGAGGGGGUGAGGCAGGCGUUUGCUGACAUGGACAUGGGCGAGGGGCUGGUGGGGGUGUUGGAGCUGGCGGAGGUGGCGGGGGAGGGUGGGGGAGCGCAGAUGGCGGAAGGGGUGAGCGGGAUAACGGACGGGCAGCUGCUGGAUCCGAGGCGGAUGGAGAAGGCGCAGCCCCACGGCAUCGAGUGCCUUGAGGAUUUCCUCUCUAAAGUUGGGGUGCUUCUGGAGAAGCGCAAGUCGGGGGUGAUGGCGCAGUCCCCCUGGACCCCGCGCACGCCCAGGGAACGCAUGGUGGGGCCCAGCGCAGCAGAGCGCCUGUACCAGCGCGUGUGCCUUCAGCCGCAGGUGGAGCAGGUAGAACGGGUGUGCGCAGAGCAGGUGGCGCGGCUGGCGUUGGAGCAGCAGCAGAUCGACGGCUUGGAGGCCAACAUGGCAGCCAACAGCACCGCGCUGCUGCAGCUCGUUGCACAAGGCACCCCCGACCAGCGGAAGGUGCUGCAGGAGCGGCUGGUUGCCCUCAAGAGCCUCUUCAGGGUGGAGGCGAAGGUGGAGUGGCAGCGGGUGCGAGCACAGCUGGGGGCGGCGAGGAGGCAAGCCCUGGACCACGCCGAGCGCAUGCUGCAGGUGGAGCAGCAGCGGGUGGCAGAGAGGAGAGCAGCAGAGGAGGUGGUGGAGCGGCGAGUGGAUGAGCUGCUGGCGGACGUGAGGGCGAGGAGGGCCGCGGCAGAGAGGGUGCUGAGGGAGAGGGAAGAGAAGGCGGUGCUGGGGCAGCAGGCGAGACUCGAGGAGUUGAGACAGCAGAAGCAGCAGCUGCUGGAGGAGACAGCAGCCAUGAAGAGGGAGCUCGCUGCACGCCAGGAGGCGCUCAAGUCCCGCUGCAAGCCCAAGGCCCAGUCACAGGCCCAGCCCCACUCACAAUCACAGCCUGAGCCUGGGACCUCACAAGCAGGGGGUGAUCUCGUGCCAGCAGAUUUUGCAGCAAGAAGUGAAGCCGGGGAGAGGGAUGUGAUGAGGGUCGGGGGAGAGGAAAGCAACCCUGUGCCAGACCCAGUCAGACUCGCCCACAUGGCAGAGUUCGUGCAGGGCUGGAGGCUGAGAGAGUACCACCAAUCACGCGAUGGCAAGCAGAUGGACCUCGUCCUCUCGGUCCUCGGAUUCGUCACCCUCAGGAUCCACAUCGACCUGGCGUCCUCGUCCUUCUCCUUCUCAACAGCCAUCAACCAAUCAGUGGUCAACAAGCAAUUCCCUCUCUUUGAGGCGGUGCCAGCGAUGGAAGCUCUGGUGGUGGGGCCCAAGGGGGAUCACACGCACACGUGCUCGGCCCCUUUCACUGCUGAUGCCGUCGCCGCUGCUUACCAGGGGGUACUGCUACGGGCGGCGCGCACGCAUGCCCUGGUAGGGGAGCUGUGGGAGCAGCGGCAGCGGCUCAUGAGGGUCAUGCCCUCCCUCGCCCUGCAGCCCUGCGGCACGUCAGCAGGUGAUGUGAUGGUGCGCGCUUCGUUUGUGGAGUAUGAGCCCUUCACCAGGGUCGUGCUCAGCUGCCGCAUUCCCUACCAGACAAGUGGCAUGUCCUAUCCGUUCACGCGCCCCACUGUGAUAGUGGAGGUGCCUCACAGUCGCCUGCUGCCAGCGCAGCAGUUGCAGCACGCAGUAGAAGCAGCAGCGGCCAGGGCGCCUGUGGGGUAUGGGCUCUUGACACGCAUGCUGCAAGAGGUGGCCAGCACGUUCCAGACUCUCCUCCAGAAGUAAAUUUCAGAGUACCAGAUAGACAGCCGUAGCAGUGACAUGGCGAGGGUAGGAGAAAGCGCAGCACAGCACCCAGGUUCUAAAGCUCAAGUAGGAUAACAGUGGUCAGCUGAGUCUAGUGCGAUGCGCGCAUCUCCUUGUGCACGUCAGAUCUGGGUUAGGAUAUGUAGGAUAGGACACCAGAGCAUAGCCGGAGCAAUCCCUUGCCUGAUUAUUGACAUGACAUGACACCUUUCCA